AUGGAAAAUAUAGAAAGAAAUUCAUAUGAAGUGAAGCUACAUUUUAUUAAUGAAAACAUUAAUAUUGAAGAGCUUGGGAUAGAUAGUGAAGAAGCUUUUCAAAAAUAUUUGAAAUCAUGCAUCAUAUCAAAUUGCUUAAAUAUUAAGAUUCAAGUAUCAACACAACAAAGACCAUUCACUGAAUGGAACCUUAAAUCACUGAAACUGGCUAAAUUAGUAAUUGCUGGAAACAAUGAAGCUACGAAAGAUAAGUUUGUGCUACCAUUUUUAGUAAUUGCUGCAUCAACUUUUAGGGGUAGAAUAAAAAUAUAUCCACAAUAUGAUGUGAGUGGUACGUAUGGCUGUGGGCCCUUAGAUUUUUGUAUACACUUAGAUGAAGAUAUCAUUUGUGUUGUAGAAGUUAAAAAAAGUGACAUUGAUCAGGGUGUGGCUCAAUGCAUGAUGCAAUUACAUGCAUUUUUUGAAAAAAAGAAGACAACCUGA